AUGAGACCAUCUGCUAUAUCAAUGUAUCCAGGUUUAUCACUUUGUUAUUUGCCAUCGACUACUUUUUCAUCUCCGAUUCUUACUCAUUUAUAUAUCAACGUGAAAACUUUUGAUGAUUGUCUUUAUUUACUUGAUGGUCGACUUAGAAAAUUGACAACAUUGUGUGUUAAUGUCUAUUCUAUAGACGAGUAUUCAAGAAUUGUUCACAAUAUGGAUAAAUUAUUUAAUCUAAAAUGUUUCUCAUUAAAAUCGUUCUUUCGAUUUAAACAAUAUGAUAAAAUUGUAUCACUUCUUCGUCGUAUGUCAAAUCUGGAAAAAUUAACUUUAUAUCUUCCUAUAAAAGGUCGAAAUACAGUGAUUGAUGGUACUUAUGUUCAACAUGAUAUUUUGGAUUAUAUGCCACAACUUCAUUCAUUCACUUUCUAUAUUUGUACUUAUGUGAAAACGGUUGAUUUAUCCUACAAGUUAUCUAGUGAAGAUAUUCAACAAACAUUAACAAAUAUUGGACAACAAGAACAUGUCACGAAUAUAGUCAAUUAUAUUCAAGGUGGAAUAGCUGCAUGCUCGAUUUUCUCACUUCCUUUUGAAUUUGAUUAUCUCAAACAUCUUGGCAAUAAAUUUCCAAAUAUUGUAUUCAGUAAUGUUACGUUUUUACUUGUAGAAGAUACUAAUCCAUUCAAACAUGAAUUCUUCAUUCGAAUUAACCGAUCGUUUCCAUUACUGAAGUAUUUACGUAUUUUUAAUAAAGAAUCACAAGUAUUAGAUGAUCUUAUGACAUUUUCAUCUGAUAAUUGUCAAUUACACUCAAUUAUUGAAUACCUUCAUCUGACUAGACUCGAUGUGAGAUAUGCACAUAGAGAUUAUGUUGAACAAUUUCUAAAUGAAACAAAGGCAUUCAUACCUUGUCUGACGGUAUUUGAAGUCGAUGUUGAUCAUUUAAAAGCUGUAACAAAAGACUUCACAAGAAAAGAAACACGACGCAAUUGUGCUAAGGCUAAUGAUAUUUCUCCAAUAUAA